AUGCCCCCUAGGCGUCGAAUCGACUGCCACCAAUAUUUGGUCAUUUGUAUGCGCCACGCCACGAACCAAGAAACGCUGAUUGCCCCCAGAACUGAUGAAAUAUGGAAUCGUCGCAACGCUUUGAAAGACAGUAGCGUGCUUAUAGCGCAGGGUGGCAGUGGCAGUCAUGGCGGUGGUAACUCUAUUACAGCAGAACUGCCACCGAUUAUACAUAUGAACGGCUCCUAUCCGAACUACGUUGAAGAGCUCGACGCGUGUUUGGGUAAAAUCCAAGCGGCGGCUUCCCGCUUAGAGUGGCUGUCCGGCGGCUUGAAUAGCGACGAUUUGGUCAGGAAGGAGAUCCUAGUGGAAGACACGGAGCGGAACGAGGAUAAAGACCAACGAAACAUGCGGGCAAAGUACGCAGAUAGCCUGGCUAGUCCUGAAGACGGCUGUAGCAUUACUACCGAGCACGGGACAUUGAUCUCCAACUUGAAAGACGAUGUCAACGCCAAAGAGGGCCAGACCAACCACCAGGGUGGCGGCCCGGAGAAUCCCUUGUUGGUCGUCUGUGACCAGUCCGUUGUAGACCUCGGCCCACAGUUUGAUAUCGGGCUUCCGGAUCCAGACCAGCUGUGGAAAUGGGAGCCCUCAAGCAAGUGUUCGGACGAGUUAUUCAACAACUUCAUGCAGGACCCGCAUGAUUUUGAGAAGUCCCUAAUCAAGAUCCACGAUGGCGUCGAGGAGUGCACGAGCACGUGGCCGACGAUCCGGGGAUCUGUGUUCGGCAGUCUCUCGUCCCUCGCCACACUCGUAGGCAGGAGUCAGAACCUCCGGGACUCCCCGUGUAAACAAGAAGCCCCAAGCGAGGAAACCGACAAGCUCGAGGGCAUAAGAUCUAGAAGACCUGGUUGCCCUGUUGAGGCCGUGAAACCGUGGAAACGGAGUCUCGACAAUGGUGAUACCGAGACUCUUCCUUCACUGACUACCCAAGCGUCUGAGCCAUGCCCUGACGAAGCCCGACUGCCACCAACUGAAUAUGGGCGCCCCCCACAGGACCCUGAAACAAAUGAAAUUGGGAAUAACCUAACCCAGAACGAGGACCAAGACCAAGAGCGCGUCGGAAAAGGGCUCCCACAGGACGGAACGCCCGUCUCCAACCCUAACGCCAACGCCAUUACCCAGGACUCCCUUGGAGUUCCUGACCAAUCGCUGGAUAGCGCGUCUCUAAACCCAAACGGUAUGUGCAACGGAGAAUCCCUCGCCGGCUCCCUGGGCGAGCAAGACCACGGCCGAGAUGGGGAGUGCAGCCGUGAGGUUUCGGCUUGUGAUAUUGACGAACCACAGGAGGAUCCUGUUGAACACCACAAGGAUGAAUCCAUGUCCGUCGUUGACUGCCUUGACGAGGGGCCCCAAAACCAUGCUGAAGAGCGCAGCGAUGAACUCCCCGCUGCCCUUGCUAGCGAGCCACAAAAAGACCCUGUCCAAGAGUGCAUCGAUGAACCUUCUACUGGCCGUGACGUUGGCCUGGAACUACACAACAACGAUAGCCUCCUUGCCAAUGAGGUUCAACGAAAUGCCCAUAUCCAUGAGCGCAGCGAUGAACUCUCCUCUGACAAUGAGAGCGAGGAACAAAAUGACUAUGUCCAAGAGCAUAACAAUGAGCCCUCUUUUGGCCUUGAUGUUAGAAUGGACAUCCACGACUACAUGCAAGAAUGGAACGAUUGCUUCCUUUCCGACGAGGUUGGAGAGCAACAAAAUGGCCAUGUCCAAGAGCACAUCAAUGAACCCUCCUUUGCUGGCCAUGUUAUUGCCGGGGAGCUCCAUGGCUGUGCCCAAGAGUGGAACGAUGGGAAAUUAUUUGAAGAGCUGGGCAAGUUUGACAAGUGGAUGGGCGACGAGGAGGAGAAUCGGGAGGUGACAGAGCUCAAUCGAGUACUAACUGAACCAUUCACGUAUGAUUUGGACCAUGAGGAAGAACUAUAUCAACAAUUCACGUUUAAUUUGAGUUGA